AUGUCUCAGCAGAGACACAGAGAGCUGGAGAUGUCAUCCAGGUUGAGAUCUGUGUCUCUUGUUGCAGUCAGGCUGGUUCUUGUUGGGAGGACUGGAGAAGGAAAGAGCUCCAGUGGAAACACCAUACUGGGAAGAAACGCCUUCAAAAGUGCUGCUGGUUAUUCAUCAGUGACCACUGAAUGCAGCAAAGAGAGAAAUGAAGUUUAUAACAGAGAAGUUUCUGUGGUCGAUACUCCCGGCAUCUUUGACACAUCAAAGGCUGAUGCAGCAGUGAACAGAGAGAUCUACAAAUGCAUCAACAUGUCGACCCCGGGGCCCCACGCCAUCCUGCUGGUCAUCAAGGUGGGACGCUUUACACAUCAGAGACAACAAGCUGUAAGGAGGAUGGAGGAGAUCUUUGGGGAGGAUUUCUGGAGGUACACCAUCAUCCUCUUCACUCAUGGAGACACAGUUCCAGACUUUGAAAAGACGCUGAAGGAGGAGGCGGGACCAGAGCUGCAGGAGGUCCUGAAGAAGGCGGAGAACAGAUAUCACGUCUUCAACAACAACAACGCCAAUGAUCGUGGUCAGGUCCUGGGCCUGCUGGAGAAGGUGGAGAAGAUGGUGAAAGCCAGGGGAGGAAAGUAUUACACCGACUCCACCUAUGAGGAGAGGCAGAAGAUGUUGGAUCAGAGGGAGGAGGAGCUCAAGAAGUUCUAUGAGAACAAACUAAAGGAGGAAAUAGAAGCUAUGGAGAGGAAGUACAUGAUGCUGAGUGAAGCUCAGCUGGAGCGUCAGGAGGUGGAGGAGCGACUGCAGUCUGAACUGCAGGAACUGAAACGUUAUUAUCACGCUUUAGAGAGAGGAGUCCGUCAUGUUCUCGAGCAGACUGAUGACCUGUCUGAUGAAAUGAUGAAAAAGUUUCAUGAGACAUUGAAACUGAACUGA